AUAUUCGACGGCAACAAACCGGUGCUUACGGUGGCCGACCCGGCGCUCGUCAAACAGAUUCUGGUCAAAGAUUUCGACGUAUUUGCCGAUCGGUACCAAACACCGGGUCCGCACCCGAUCACAGGCGACGAACACUUGGGCGAAGCGCACGGCGCCGACUGGCGGCGAAUGCACGCCGUGUGGUCGGCCAUGUUUACGGGCGCCAAACUCCGGCACCUGUACCCCACUCUGACCGACUGCGUUCACGAACUCGUGCGCACGCUUGACGCUACCGGUGACGCCCCAAUCGACCUAGUACCGAUAUUUGAAAAAUUUGCCAUGGACGCUUUGGUGAGUACCGGGUUCAGUGUGAAAUGUGGCGCCCAAUGUGACCCCGGUGCCAGCAACGCGUUUAUGCGUAACUACAGCAUGGCGUUCAACACGGACUACGUGCGCGGCCGUACAUUACAGGCCGUAUGGAAAUGGAUGCUCGAGAUGGUCGGCGUCGUCCACGUGAAAACCCAGCCGUUUAACGUGUUUUACAUGGACUUCGUUCGCCGAGUACUGGCAGAUAGGGAACGCCAUUCGAGUGGGCGUUACAGCGAUUUUAUUCAAAGUUUUAUAAAGUCCGAGAGAGACACGAGUUUGGGAACCAUGGCAUCGGACGCCACCAAUGGACUAAGAUUGUUAUGCCUUACGGAAAGCCUAUCAAGUUAUAUAUCAGUUACCAAGAGUGGAUUGCCUACGCGAUCAACCGGUAAGUAUUUGACUAAAGGUGAGGUGGCGUCCAAUGGGUGGCUAUUAUUCAUAUCGGGCACCGAAACCAUUACCACAACCCUGUCGUUCGUGGCGUACGAGUUGGCCCGCAAUCCGGACGUUCAGCGGCGGCUACGCGACGAGAUCGUCGCCGCGUCGGUCGACACCAAUGGGAGCGUCGGUUACGAGGCGUUGACACGACUGCCAUAUUUGGACGCCGUUUUGUCGGAGACCCUCCGACUGCACGCGCCUUUUCAUCGCGUAAUCCGUACGGCCACCCGGGACUACACACUGCCCGGCGCCGGGAUUGGCAUCAAAAUGGGUCAGAAGGUGGAGGUGCCCGUGUACGCCAUACACCACCAUGAAGGAUACUACACGAACACGGAACACUUUUAUCCCGAUCGUUUUCUGACCGAUCGUAAGCCGACCAUGUAUAUGCCAUUCGGUAUAGGGCCGCGAAAUUGCGUAGCCGGUAGAUUCGCCAUGCUCGAAUUAAAAAUAGCCGUGACACACAUCAUUAAGCGUUUUACGCUUGAGGUGGUUGGCAAACCGGACGCACCGGUGCCGUUGAUGAAUCGUCAAGAAGUCCAUAAGCCGUCGAGUAUUGUGUUACGGUUAGCCCUAUCAUCCAACGGAACCAGGGAUAGGGGCGGUACUGACGUACUGUUAAAGUCAACCAACUUUUGCCACAAGAAUCUCACGAAU